AUGGUGAUACCACCGGCAGUAAGACCACCACGUCUCUUCGACUACCUCAAACCUUACGUGCUGAAGAUGCACUUCACAAACAAGUUUGUUCACGCACAAGUCAUCCACUCACCGACAGCUACAGUAGCUUGCUCAGCUAGCUCGCAGGAGAAAGCACUGAGGGAAACAAUGGACAUCACACGCGACGUCGCUGCUGCUGCAAAGAUUGGUAAGAUUCUUGGGGAAAGACUCUUGAUGAAAGAUAUUCCAGCUAUUACUAUCCAGAUGAAGAAAGAGCAGAGGUAUCAUGGUAAAGUCAAGGCUGUCAUCGAUUCCGUAAGAGAAGCUGGCGUCAAGUUGCUUUGAGGAUUGUUCAAUAAUCUGAAUCAGUUUCAUCUUGUUAAUUCAGAACAUUGUCUGUUUCUUUUUCCGGUUAAUGGGGCAGAAGAUUGAGAUUAAAUCCAUGUUUCUUUCUUGCUUAAGGAGAAUUUUUUUUUUUAAAAGAUAAUGAAUGUUAUAGUAUAACUUAUAAGCUUUUUGACUAUUGAAAUAAAAUAGAUUAAAGUUA